UGACAAGAGAUAUUAAAGAGAUAUUUAAUAAAUGUUCUAGUCAUUAGAUUAUCAAUACACAAAAUUUUAUACGCAGCAAGUGAAAUGCAUGUUUAAUAAUUAGACGAUCGAUAAGAAUUAUCGAACUUUCUUCUUCCAAAGAAACACCGCUUAAAUAAUUGUCAUACUGACACAUCGUAAAGCGAUUUCGAUCAUUUAUGGUGAAGACAUACGCAAGGACGGAUCGAAGCAGAAGGACACAUUGAGAAUUCUUACAUUCUUCGGUCAUAUUCUUUAGUGAACAAAGGUCUUUCCGCCUCUUCGUUAUCUAUCUUGUUGAUGGACUUAUGACUGGUUUAAAGUAACAAUCGACGAGCGGUUUUCGAGGUAGGUCAAUGCCAAAUGGAAUCGUUGAAUCAGAAUAUCUUUAGUAUGGCUGGUAUAAUGGAUGGUACAGCUACGUUGCCUCAUGUCAUGGACAACGGCACACAAGACACUAUCGACGUGGAAUUGUCAAGAUUUCCGAAACCCUUGAGAACUUUUGCGGCGGUAGUAGCAAUCAUUAUCAUGAUUAUUGGUCUAGCUGGUAAUCUGUUAACGAUCGUUGCUCUAUGCAAAUAUCCUAAAGUUCGCAAUGUUGCAGCAGCUUUUAUAAUAAGCUUGUGCAUCGCCGACUUUAUGUUCUGUCUAUUGGUGCUGCCGUUUGAUUCCAUCAGAUUUAUCAACGCUAGCUGGACGGAUAUACGAUUUUUCUGCAUCUCCGUGCCUUUCUUCAGAUACGGAAAUGUCGGUGUCAGCCUUUUAUCCGUAGCAGCUAUUACUAUCAAUAGAUAUAUUAUGAUAGCGCAUCACGCUGUUUAUACCAAAGUUUACAAAAAAUAUUGGAUUGCCGCGAUGAUAAUUUUCUGCUGGCUGUUUUCUUACGGGAUGCAGAUACCUACGCUGUUUGAAGUAUGGGGUAAAUUCGACUAUGAUCGCAAUCUGGAAACUUGCUCCAUCAUCAAGGAUCGUUACGGUCAUACUUCCAAGACAUUUCUCUUCAUCAUGGGGUUCCUAAUACCCUGUGUAGUGAUUGUCUGCUGCUAUGCCAAGAUAUUCUGGGUGGUGCACAAAUCAGAAUCGAGAAUGCGAAAGCACACCGCACCAACGAUAAAAUCGCCUCAUACGCCUGGGAGAGAUAUAAGGGAGAUCAAGCAGAAGCGUAGCGAAUGGAGGAUCACGAAGAUGGUGCUGGUGAUCUUCAUCAGCUUCCUUGCGUGCUAUCUGCCGAUCACCAUUGUUAAGGUGGCCGACGCGGAGGUCAAAUGUCCCGAAUGCCAUGUUCUGGGAUAUCUGCUGCUGUACUUCGCGUCAUGUGUGAAUCCGAUCAUCUACGUCAUCAUGAAUAAGCAAUACAGACAGGCAUAUGCCGGUGCGAUCGGUUGCUCGUGGAUAAGGAUGAGCUUGACGCCGUAUGGCAGCAGCGCACCGGGUGGUGGUCUUCAGGCUCAUCAGCAGGACUACGUCCAAGGUAACUUCGAGCAACGUCACGCGGUAACACUCACCAAGCUCUGAUCGAGCGCGCGACCACUCGCUCACUUCAUUAUUCAAAGGACUUCAGUAAAACAAUGGUAUCAACGGUCUCUAUCGCUAUGAAUCCUGUAAGAAGUUCACAAUUCCAGGAGGAGUGAGACAAGAUUAAAAAAUUGAGGAGAGAUCAAAUAUUCUUUCCUUGAAAGAAGAGAAAGAAGAGAGGAAACAGAAUCUUUACUGUGUUAUCGAACCAAUUAAUUUUUGUACCUCGUUCACAAUAUUAUAGAACGUUUUAUAGAUUAUUUUUUCGCCAAGAAGAGCGAAAUAAUACAAGUAGUAAAUAUGUCGCGCACACAUAUUUAAUUUCCGUGGCAUUUAAAAUAGCCAUAUCGUUACCUUCAGAUGGGUAUUGAUUCUUACCAAAGGUUGUCAUACAUUGUUGUAUCUUGUAAAUAAAAUAUAAAUUUUA